GCUGUGACGUCACAGAGCCGUCACCAGUGUGAUGGAAACAUGGCGGCCUCCUGCUCCAUGGAGCUGCGGUGCUGGGGAGCAGGCUGGGGUCUGCCUUCUGUUCACACCGAGUCUCUCGUAGUUCUGGCAUACGCCAAGUUUUCUGGAGCAAAAGUCACAGUUUCUCCUAUUGACUGGACAUGGAAAACUAUAACAGCAAGUGUUCCAGUGUUGGUUUGUGGAGACUCUGUAGUUCAAGAACCUACGCCGAUUCUCACCUUUAUGAGGAAACAGAGAUUCAAUGCAGACUAUGAGCUGACAGCAAGACAAGGAGCAGACACGAUGGCUUAUAUCGCACUGAUUGAAGAGAAACUGCGACCAGCUCUGCUGCACACGUUCUGGGUAGAUGCAGAAAACUACACCAAUCUGACACGGCCGUGGUUUGCGUCACGCUCACCAUUCCCGCUCAACUUUUUUGUCCCGAGUUGCUAUGCCAACACCGCGCUCUCCCACAUCCUUCUAACCAAAGGAGAGGCCCCGGUACACAGAAUCUCAGAGGUGGAGGGAAAGAUUUACAGCGACGCUAAAGAAUGCCUGAAUCUACUUUCCUACAGACUCGGAGCAGCAAACUUCUUUUUUGGCAACUCGCCAACCAGUCUGGAUGCCUUCGUGUUUGGUUUUGUGGCCCCGCUCCACAAAGCCAGCCUUCCCAGCAGCCCUUUGCAGAGCCACCUCAGACAGCUGGAUAACCUGACGCGCUUCUGUGACAACAUCCUCACGGUCUACUUCAGCUCAGACCACCCCAGUCCUUCUCCAGCUUUUCAGGAAACAAUGGAUGCCAAUCUCCAGAAACUAACACAACUUGUAAACAAAGAGUCCAACUUGAUAGAAAAGGUGCCCCUGCUUUCCUUUUCUGUUCUUUUGCAUGGGUUCAUGGUUGGUUUCAGCAGAUGGAUGACAAUCUUCGCAGCAGCCCACAGCACAAACCCCACAAACCAGAAACCAAACCCAGUCUGUCCAGUGCAAAGAACUCCAGCCCUGCCUAACAACCCUGAUCAUUUCUGUAUAUGACAGGUGUUGCAUCUGACUCAGUAUUCUCGCUUCAAAGGGGGAAAAAAAACAAAAAUAAAUUAAGCUGGACUCUGUGCGUCAGAUGGAAAAUAACUUAAUAAUGAAUGGGAGUAUGAUCAUGAUCAUGAAUGACAAGAAACUAUUUUGCAGUAAUGAUGAUAGAUUUCAAAGAUGUUCAUGUUCAAGGGAAUAAAAAAAGUGCAUGUGUAAUGUUUUUCUUUAAAAAAGGAUAGGGCAUGUGUGGUGAGAGGAUAGAAUGCUAUGAAGUGGUGUUGAAACGAGGCGCAGAAAGUUGAAAGGAAUGGCAAAGGAGUCCAGCAGGGAAAAUAAGUGGCACAGUUGAACCUCUGACUGGGCAGCUUGGCUUCUUUUUUCUCUCCUUUUAACCAUUUACUGCUGUUAUUUUGUUUAAGAGAUAUAUGUUUUCUUUUUGUAUCAAGAGCACUACAGUUGAUCCAUCAUCCUGAGUAAACAGUUAAGCUAAGAGAUCUGGGGUUCAGUGGUGAAAAUAGCUAUAUUUAGAUUGUUUUCUCUAUUUCACAACUGAGGAUCUCACCGUUAGACUGCAAGAAGACUAUUUGAUAUUGACGGUAAAGUAUUCUGUUAUUUGCAUCAGUGUGAUGAAUUUAACACGCUCAUACUUUCCGUGGCCUCCACUAGUGUGAAUAGCUUGUAUAUUUGUAAAUAUAUUAGUCAACAUUAAAAGUGGAUCCAAAACACACUGACAAAAUAUGCAAGAAUUUUGAACAAUAUCUGUUCUUGUCUAAGGAAUUAUGACUUUGAUGAAAUGUUUUGAUCCAAUUCAAAUGUUGACAAUUAUAGUUUGAAACAAUAUAAAGAAUUAUAUUUACAUGUGAUUUCCUCCAAAUAGGGCUGAUCAGCGUACUCCAGAUCUUUGAUAAACCCGCUGAGGUAAAGAAAGGGCCUUGCACUUUGUAUCACAUUGUUUAUCCAGCAAACCUGGGACUGAUUUGUGUGAGAGAUUUGUCCUCUGGACUAAGGUAAACCUGUGUGUCUUUAAUUAUUUAUUGUUUGCAAUAUUUUGCAACAAUAAUCCAGUGACUUUUUUUUUUUUGAUCCUCUGAUUUUGAGCAGCUAUUUUUGCACAUUUAUUUAAUUUGGCUUUUUCUGCCACUUUCCAUAUAAUUUGCUGUGCCUUUUGUCGUUCACUUUGUUUAAACUGAAAUGUCAUUUGGGACCCACUCAUUAACUGCCUUUUUGUUUGUCAUUUCCUCAUCUGUAUCCUUGUGGCGCAUGGACUAAUAAGCUCAGUUGACUUCAUGUGACUAGUUUUCUGUGAUGAAUGCCCCCCCCCACACCCCCCCCGCAUCUCAGUCUCAAUUAAAAUGUAGACAUAGAAGUUCCAGUAACUCACUUUAUGGAUACAUUCCCCUCAAAGCACCAUCUUCUGAAAAUGCUUUUGCUGCCAGUCACGACAUGAUGGACAACACAUGGGUGCAGUGUGCCUUCACAACUGCUGGUGUCUUUGUUUUUGUGUCGAAAUGUUGUGUCCUUCAUACUUUUUAUACAUAUGUCAUAAUUUAUGUUUCUCAUCUGUUAUUUUUUCAAAAUAUGUUGACAGUCGGUAACAACUGUCUUCCCCUUAUUAAACUAAAAUGAUAAUACAACAGAAUCUGUUUUAUUGCCCAGAUUUUUCUCAGCAAAAUAAACCUCUG